AUGGCGAAGAAGAAGAUUGAUUCUGGAGACGACGAAGAGCUUGGCGUCAUGUACGGAUCUAGAGGGGCCAUGUUGGGGAGCGUGGGGUACGAGGUCGGAUCAAAGAGACAAAGAAUGAUGCAAUCAAAUCCCUACUUGGCAGUUCCUCCUUACGGAUUCCCAGUCGUUCGCCUCAGGGGUCUUCCUUUCAACUGCGCUGACAUUGACAUCUUCAAGUUCUUUGCCGGCCUUGACAUUGUCGAUGUUCUGCUGCUCCACAAAAACCGUAAAUUCUCAGGGGAGGCCUUUGUCGUCUUUGCCGGCCCAAUGCAAGUGGAGGUUGCACUGCAGAGGGACAGGCAGAACAUUGGGAGGAGAUACGUCGAAGUUUUCCGCUGCUAUAAGCAGGAUUACUACAAUGCCGUGGCUGCUGAGGAGGGAGCAUACGAAAACGAGGUCCAUGUUAGCCCACCUCCUGCCGGACCAUCCAGAGCUAAGAGGUUUAGUGAGAACGAGAAGCUCGAGUACACACAGGUUUUGAAGAUGCGAGGCCUCCCUUACUCCGUCAACAAGCCUCAAAUCAUUGAGUUUUUCAGCGGUUACAAGGUUAUUGAAGGAAGGGUACAUGUUGUGUGUCGACCUGAUGGGAAAGCCACAGGAGAAGCAUAUGUGGAGUUUGAGACAGCAGAGGAGGCGCGGAGGGCAAUGGCUAAGGACAAAAUGUCAAUGGGGUCAAGGUAUGUGGAGUUGUUUCCAACUACGCGGGAAGAGGCUCGAAGGGCUGAGUCCAGGUCUAGGCAAUGA